CGAGGUCGGCCGCGCGGCCGAGCCGGAGUCGUGUGCACGGAGGGUGGGAGGCGGAGGCCCGCGGCCGCCGCUGCCAGACGUGUGACCGUCGCCCGUCCACAUUACAGGUGUGGCGAUGCGCCUGUUUCGGCGUCGGGGGUCCGACUCGGCCCCCCAGCUGGUCAGCCUGUCGCCCCUCCGGCGGGAGGAGGGUGGUGACCCGGAGGACCCCACAGCGCCGCCCCUCAUCAAACCCUCCAUCAUCUACAUAUCGGCCGACGAGCAGCAUCGCAAAGAUGGGUCGACCUGGGGUCGCCGCGUGGGUCGCCGUCUGUCGCGUCUGACCCGGUCAGGCAGCAGCGAGCAGAUCAGCGGCCCCAGCUCGGGCCGGCGGCGGUGGCGUGUCUCCGAUCCCGACUCCGAGACGAACAGUCUCCGGUCGGAGCGGCGCACCAAGGUGGACCGCGUGGAGAGCAUCCGUAACCUGCUGCGGCGGCCGGCGGUGGCGCGGCGCGCGGAGCAGCGCGAGCGGCGCGGCUCCGAGACCGCGCUGGAGGAGGCGGAGGAGGCGCCGCGGCCGGCGCGGCCCGUCAAGCGCAGCAUCAGCCUCUACAAGAGCGCCUCCACCAGCCAGCUGCACACCAUCCUGCCCAGCCUCAAGGAGCUGAGGAAGCACUGCAAGGCGCCGGCCGCCUGGAGCCAGUCGACCUACCUUCCGACCAAGACGAUGAGCUGCGAGAACAUCAUAGAGAUGGGAGUCAAGGGCAGCAUCGCCGUCCCGGACGGGCCUCGCUUCCACCUGUCCGUGCUUCCGGAGGAGCCUGGGGUGGUCACGCUGAGGCGGAAAGUCACCAUCGGAGACGUGCGCUCCCGGAGUCACGAGGGCCACCUGGCGGAGGGGCGCACCAGGCGGGCCCAGCAGAGCUACGAGCCGGCCAAGCGGAAGCUUCCUCUGGUCCACCACCUGGGUGGACAGGAGGUGGAUCAGCGGGCGAUCCACCCGGGCGCCCAGUGCGGCGCCAGGAGCGUCGGGAACAUUGUCAUCAGUGUGUCGGAGGCCGUGCCGUCGGUGGACAAGCGGCCGGUGAACCACGUCUGCUCGACCGAGAGUGGCUACGACAGCGAUGGCACGCGACGGAGCGAGGACUCGCCUCCCGGCAGCACUCGCAGAAUCAGCGUCCACAGCGCGUCCAGUGACGACAGCGCCAAGGUGUCGAGUCAAGAGCUGCGGCAGAGGGGGCCGCGUCCCGGCGCGUGCGAGAGAGCCGGCUCGGCGGGCGCCGUCCAGAUCACCACCGGCUCUCCCGGGCCUGAGGUGCAGGACGGCGACGACUCCCCGUUCGCCAGUCAGGGCAACGGUACCAUCCUGAGGCAGCCGAAAGAGAUGAGGCUGCUCCGGGACGGAGCCGACGACGAGACCUGUCUGGUCGCCGAGCCGCCAGCGCCGCAGAGGAAGUUCACGCCGCACAAGAGUCGGCCCACCAAGCCUCCACGCAAGUCGCUGCUGCGGGACCAGAUGGCCGAGAUUUCCACGCAGACGUCGCUGCCCUGGGACCGGGCGCACUACGAUGAGGUGCUGUCCGACAGCGAAACUCUGUCUCCGGUGCGCCGCAGUGACACAGUACGGAGGCAGGACGCCGACCUGGGUCUGCACGAGCGCCUGGCCAACUCUGCCGAUGGCGACUCGGGCCUGUUCUACGCCAGACGAACGCCCACGGCCGAUCUGCGUGCCCACUCGGAAGGUUAUCAACACCUCCGGUCGGAGGAGGGCUACCGCACGCCGUCCGGUGGCUACCCGGCCGACGGCGGCGGCCCGACGCGCGGUCGGAUCCGGAUGGGCACGCGCGAGCCGCGAGAGACGGGCCGCCCUCCGGCCCGUCCCCGCUCCACAGGUCACAUCGGACAGACGAACGGCGGCCUGGCCAGCCAGCCGUCGCUGCCCUCGCUGCCGGCCGACUUCACCAGCAAACAGUUCAAGAUGCUGCGCGUCCUGAAGGCGGACGGCGACUCGCUGGGUAUCUUUAUUGCCAGGAACGUCCACCACGGCUACCUUAUCGCUGAGAUGGAGACCAACGGCGCCAUUGCAAGGGACGGGCGCUUCAAGGUGGGCGACGAGAUAGUGAACGUGAAUGGCCGCCGGCUGCGCGGCUGUGCCCUCGAGACGGUGUUGGACAUCCUGCGCGACCCCUCGCCCGAACUGGACAUCGUCAUAGCCCGGGACUUCAACCCGGACCGGCUGAGCCAUCAGCAGACCGGCCAGCACGUGGUGGUCAUCUCUGUGCCGGACAGCAGCAGAACGGCGACGGCACGAGACGACGCCGAUGACCCGGACGACUCGCUCGAGUACCCGGCCACUGGCUCCGAGCUGUGUGACGCCUCCGAGACGGAAGAGCAUCAGCGGCCAGAGUCGGUGCUCUCCGGCGUUUCGGGGUACUCCGUCUCCAGCAUCCAGUCGGUAUCGUCAGUGCGGGAGUUACUGCGCAGGCGCCAUGACCAGAGGUCCGGCGCCAGGUCAUCCGGAUCGGGAGCGUCCCGGAGACCCAAGUCCCUGAUCACCUCCCUGCUGACGAUUACCUUCGAGAAGGGAGCUGGAAAGAAGAGCCUGGGCUUCAGCAUCGUGGGCGGCAGAGAUUCCCCCAAGGGCAACAUGGGCAUCUACGUCAAGACGGUGUUCCCCAAUGGCCAAGCGGCAGAGGACGGCAAACUGAUUGAAGGGGACGAGAUCCUGGCGGUGAACGGAGAGAGUAUGCAGGGGCUGUCGCACGCGGAGGCCGUGGUCGUGUUCAAGUCGGUCAGGUCGGGGCAGGUGCUGCUCUACGUGGCCCGCAGGGAACAGGCCGGACGCCGAAGGUCAACGAAGUCCAUGUCGUGCGAUGACCUGGACUGUGUUGAGAACUGAACUGGCGCGACCGGAACCGGAGGAGAUGACUUCAGCAUUAGAGGCACCUGACCAGAAGACGUGUGUCUCUCGGCCGGUCGUCGCACGGGGUCCACAGAGGUGACCCCUAUGCGGGCGCGCCGCCUCCUCUCGACCCGACAGCCGCAGAGGAACGGGAGCCGGGCCCCAGCGAGCCGCCUGGCCACCGCUCUCCGCCGAGCUGCCAGCCCGCCGGACCAGAGCGUCCCCGCUGGUCCG